AUGGGAGACUCUGUUGGAGACCCAUCCCGAGGGACAGGCUUGGAGCCCCAGGGGAAUGGCGGGACCUCCCUCAGUGUCAUCACGGAGGGCGUCGGGGAGCUGGCGGUCAUCGACCCCGAGGUGGCCAAGAAGGCCUGCGAGGAGGUGCUGGAGAAGGUGAAGCUGAUGCACGGCGUCUCCUCCGACAGCUUAACCAACCCGGCCGACGGCGGUGAGGCCGAGCACUCCCCGUGUCCUGCAGGGGACCUGGCCAACGGGGACAUUGGGGAGGGCUGUGAGAUCAGGUGCUUGGAUGAUCCUCCAGGCACGGGCUCCAGGAUCCAGGAGGAGGAUGAUGAGACCGUGGCCAACACGGUGAAAACCGCCCGGAAGCGGCAGAAGAACAACUCUGCUAAGCAGUCCUGGCUCCUCCGGCUCUUUGAGUCCAAACUCUUUGAUAUCUCCAUGGCCAUUUCAUACUUGUACAACUCAAAGGAACCUGGUGUGCAGGCUUACAUUGGGAAUAGGUUGUUCUGCUUUAGGAACGAAGACGUGGACUUCUACCUGCCGCAGCUGCUCAACAUGUACAUUCACAUGGACGAGGACGUGGGCGAUGCCAUCAAGCCCUACAUCGUGCACCGCUGCCGGCAGAGCAUCAACUUCUCCCUGCAGUGUGCCCUGCUGCUGGGCGCCUACUCCUCAGACAUGCACAUCUCCACUCAGCGACACUCCCGUGGGACCAAGCUGCGGAAACUCAUCCUCUCGGACGAGUUGAAACCAGCUCACAAGAAGAGGGAGCUGCCGUCCCUGAGCCCGGCACCCGACAUGGGGCUGUCUCCUUCCAAAAGGACUCACCAGAGGUCCAAGUCAGACGCCACCGUCACCAUCAGCCUGAGCAGCAACCUGAAGCGCACAGCCAGCAACCCCAAAGUCGAGAGCGAGGAGGAGGAGCUCUCCUCGAGCACGGAAAGUCUCGAGAAGUCACUCUCUCCUCCCGUCAGACUCGCCCCCGAGCGGGAGUUCAUCAAGUCCCUGAUCGCCAUCGGGAAGCGCUUGGCCACCCUGCCCACCAAGGAGCAGAAGACCCAGCGGCUCAUCUCGGAGCUCUCGCUGCUCAACCACAAGCUGCCGGCGCGCGCCUGGCUCCCCACUGCCGGCUUCGACCACCACGUGGUGCGGGUACCCCACACCCAGGCAGUGGUCCUCAACUCCAAGGACAAGGCUCCCUAUUUAAUCUACGUUGAAGUGCUUGAAUGUGACAAUUUCGACACAGCGAACGUGCCCGCUCGGAUCCCCGAGAACCGCAUCCGCAGCACCCGCUCGGCCGAGAACCUGCCCGAGUGCGGCAUCAGCCACGAGCAGAGGACCAGCAGCUUCAGCACCGUCCCCAACUACGACAACGACGACGAGGCCUGGUCUGUGGACGACAUCGUGGAGCUGCAGGUGGAGCUGCCAGAGAUUCACACCAAUAGCUGUGACAACAUCUCCCAGUUCUCUGUGGACAGCAUCACCAGCCAGGAGAGCCGGGAGCCGGUGUUCAUCGCUGCUGGGGACAUCAGGCGGCGGCUCUCGGAGCAGCUGGCACACACCCCCACCUCCUUCCGGAGGGACCCCGAGGACCCGUCCGCUGUGGCCCUGAAGGAGCCUUGGCAGGAGAAAGUCAGGAGGAUCCGGGAAGGGUCUCCCUACGGGCACCUGCCCUCCUGGCGCCUCCUCUCCGUCAUCGUCAAGUGCGGGGACGACCUGCGGCAGGAGCUGCUCGCCUUCCAGGUCCUCAAGCAGCUGCAGUCCAUCUGGGAACAGGAGCGUGUCCCGCUCUGGAUCAAGCCAUACAAAAUCCUCGUCAUCUCCGCCGACAGCGGCAUGAUUGAGCCCGUGGUGAACGCCGUGUCCAUCCACCAGAUCAAGAAGCAAUCCCUGCUCUCCCUGCUGGAUUAUUUCCUGCAGGAGCAUGGCACCUGCAACACGGAAUCCUUCCUGACAGCCCAGAGGAAUUUCGUGCAGAGCUGUGCUGGUUACUGCCUGGUGUGUUACCUGCUGCAGGUCAAGGACAGGCACAACGGGAACAUCCUGCUGGAUGCAGAUGGACACAUCAUCCACAUCGAUUUUGGGUUCAUCCUCUCCAGCUCCCCCAGGAAUCUUGGCUUUGAGACCUCAGCUUUCAAACUCACCACAGAGUUUGUGGAUGUGAUGGGUGGCCUGAACGGGGACAUGUUCAACUACUACAAGAUGCUGAUGCUGCAGGGUCUCAUCGCUGCCCGGAAGCACAUGGAUAAAGUUGUGCAGAUCGUGGAGAUCAUGCAGCAAGGGUCUCAGCUCCCCUGUUUCCACGGCUCCUCCACCAUCCGCAACCUGAAGGAGCGUUUCCACAUGAACAUGACAGAGGAGCAGCUGCAGGUGCUGAUCGAGCAGAUGGUGGACGGCAGCAUGCGCUCCAUCACCACCAAGCUCUACGACGGGUUCCAGUACCUCACCAACGGCAUCAUGUGA